AUGAUUCUCUCUAACUCACAAUAUGACACUGAUGUUCAGGUCUGGAUCUCUAUUCUGAGCAGAACUCCUUCUACUAUUUUCUUUACUCACAGGAGAUAUUCUGGUCGUUCCCAUCAAAGGUUCUUUCGAAGAAUUGAGGAUAAGAAAGUAAAGGCACCAGCACUUUCUGGAACAUCUACCACCCUUAUUGAGCGUGUGAAACUAUUGAUCCAAAACCAAGAUGAAAUGAUUAAGGUUGGCAGAUUAUUUUCAGCCUUUAAAAUGCUCCUGGCUUCUUCUCGCACCUGUCAGCACAAGAGGCACUUUGAUAAGGCCCUAUCUUCAAAUGUUCAGUGGUUGGGCGUGUCAAGUGACAAAGGUACUGUCCACAUAUUCAGUCUCAAAGUGCGGGUAGUUGGUGAUGACCUGUCAACUGAGGUCACUGGUAUUGGUGGUUUAAGCAUUAUACCAUCAAGGGCCCCCAGGCAUAGUUUCAAAAGAGAAGUAGAAUCACUCGGCAUUAAUUAUGGUCAAGUCGGCAACAAUUUACCCCCACCGGAUAAAGUUCUUGAUCUCUUGCAAUCCCUUAACCUCACAAAAGCCAGAAUUUACGACACAAAUCCUCAAAUUCUAAUGUCAUUUGCAAACUCCAACAUUGAAAUCAUAGUAACAGUUGAAAACGAAAUGCUAUCCACAUUAAUGGAUCCACAAGCAGCACUACAAUGGGUAUCUGUACACAUAAAGCCUUAUUUUCCGGGAACAAGAAUCACCGGAAUCGCUGUCGGAAACGAGGUUUUCACUGGCGACGACACGGCACUAAUGGCUUACCUCGUACCAGCCAUGGUCAGCAUUCACGCUGCAUUAGUCCGAUUAGGAUUUGAUCAGUACAUUCAAGUUUCGACCCCAAAAUCUUUAUCAGUGCUAUCAGAAUCAUACCCGCCCUCAGCAGGAUGUUUCCGGCAAGACCUUAACGGAAUAAUGCUGGAAUUUUUACAGUUUUUAGCAACAACAAAAGCGCCAUUUUGGAUCAACGCUUACCCUUAUUUUGCUUACAAAAACGAUCCAAAUGGCGUUUCUAUAGACUAUGUACUGUUCAACCCUAAUUCAGGCAUGAUUGAUCCUUACACCAAUCUACACUACGAUAACAUGCUAUAUGCUCAAGUGGAUGCAGUAAUAUUUGCAAUUGAGAAAAUGGGUUUUGGCGGGUUAGAAGUCGGGGUGUCGGAAACCGGCUGGCCGUCCAAAGGUGACCCUGAUGAGAGCGGGGCCACCGUGGAGAAUGCAGCGAUUUAUAACCGAAAUUUGCUGAAAAGACAGGUGAAAAAUGAUGGGACUCCCUUAAGGCCGAAAAUGAGACUUGAAAUAUAUGUUUUUGCUUUGUUUAAUGAAGACAUGAAGCCUGGACAGACUUCAGAGAGGAAUUAUGGUUUAUUUCAACCUGAUGGAACCAUGGCAUACAACGUAGGACUCGAUACAUUGUCAACUACUUCAUCAAAUCCCUCGGCUUCGAUUUCACAAGAUUCCAGUGGCACCCAGGUAAAGCCAUAG